CACAUGUGAUACAAUUUGCAACCCUUUGCUUGCUGCAUGUCCAUAUACAAAAACGUGCCUUCGUCCCUCCCUCGAGCCUGAAAAAAACUAUUCUAGUUUCCAUAAUAUUUUUCAGGCUGGAUGCCUGGAUGGCUCAUCCUGCCGUCCAUCAUAUUUUAACUCCAAAUUCCAAGUACAAAAAAAAAAAAAUCCAAUCUCCCCUAACCUCGCCCAUCCCCGACUCGCCGACGGCAGCGCCCCGCAAACCCUCGCCGCCGCCGCCGCCGUCCGAACAGCAGAAUUCCUCAUCUACCCCGCGGGAUUCCAUCGAACCCAGCCGGUGGAACCUUGGCGGGAUUCCCGAGCCGACCCCUCGGGGCCUCCAGGCCGGCAUCGGCUGGCAGCGUGAUGGGGGCGAACGCCGACCCCUCCGGGUCCCUGGGCGGGCCCCACCGCCACCUCCCCUCCCCGGUGCCCGCGCCGCAGCAUCAGGGCGUGGCGGCGAACACCGUGGCCGCACUGCGGCACGACCCAGGGCUCGCCGUCCGGUGGUCGCCCGAGGAGCAGAUCCUGCUCGACAACGGGCUAGCCAGAAAAAGGAGAGUAGCAAGAAAAAGGAGGAAUUAUCUAAGAAAAGCAAAGAAAAGAAGGAAAGAGUUGGUGACUCUUCAUCAAAAGGUCCGGUGCAAUUGGUAGCACGACCUAAUGCCCCACCAUAUACUCUUCCUGUUCUUCCUAUGGAUGAUGAUGAUGUUUCAUACAAAGCAAUUGGAGGUCCAACUGGACAACUUCUAGAGCACAAUGCGCAGAUCUUAAACCAAAUCUAUACAAAUAUUUCAAACAUGCAGGUACAAGAUAACCUUUCUCUUUUAUGCCAAACAAGGGACAAUAUACUUACAGUGCUGAAAGAGGUAAGUGAUGUUCCUGAAAUAAUGAGGCAGAUGCCACCCCUUCCUGUAAAGUUAAAUGAAGAUCUGGCCAACUCUAUGUUGCCAAGGCCUCCGGGCACAUGAUGUGUUCUGCAACCAGCUGGCUCAAUCAGCCUUGCUUGAAGAUCAGUGUAGAAAGCUUGGCCGUUCGCUUCUGGAAAGUCGCUAUAGAUACAAGAUACCUGUGUCUGCAGUAUACCUUUGUUCUAUUUGUUCAGCUGAUCAUAGAUGUUCGAUGUAAAAAGCCGUCAGUUCCAGUUAAACAAGUUUGUUACCCCUUAAUUAGUCCUUGUAGAGAAAAAUAAAUAGGGUUAAAGUUCUGUACAGUGAACCUAAAGAAUAGCAGUUUUUUUUUUCGUUUCAGUAAUGUGUAGCGUUGUUCCAUUCAGCAAAGAUGCAGAUAUCGUGGGCACCUAAAACUAUACAAAAUUUGUUGAAUCGCACAAACUGUUGCGCUUUGCUCCA